ACAAUCGCAAACGUUAAGCGCGCCAACGGACAACGCCAAAAACAACGGCGGCAGUGGCGCGAGCACUUCUUCCUUUUUUCGCAGUGCGAGGAAUGCAUUUCGUAUCCAUUCGUGCUUGCUUUACCUGGUUCCAUUGAGUUAAGUCUGCAUACGAAUAUCAACUUCAUCCAGAAAACUGUUCUACUGUGCGGACUGCCGCAGUGACACAAGAUGGAUGUGACAUCGAUGACAACGCUGCGUGACGUUUUAACCGUUUGUCAGGACAGGCCGAAUGCAUUUGAAAGAGGACUGGAGGUUGCCCGAAAAGUGUACGGUGACACGCCUUUCGACGAAUUCUUGAAGGAACUCGUAUUGUGUCUGCAAUUCAUCAUUCCUAACACCGACAGCGGCGAGUACGUCGAACGUCUUCUAGAUUUCAUUGCCCGUUUUGUCGCCUCGCCGACUGCUUCACAGGAAGCCGACAACACUUCUGUGAAGAACGAACUUUUGGAGCCCAUCCUACGUAAUGUGCUGGAGUGGAGCGGAUGUGGCAAGAAAAUUAUCCGCGAGAGAUGCUGCCUUUUCGUCGAGAAGCUGCUCGGCUACGUUACGGACGACAGCGUUAUUGACGACAAACUCUUUGAGGAAAUUGAAAGCGCGAUGCUUACAAGGCUCCGCGACCGCAUCGGAAGCGUUCGAAGUCGCGCCGUUGGUGCCUUGUCAAGGCUUCAGGACCCCAGUGACUCGAAGUGCAAAGUUGUGAAGCAGUUUCUGUUCCACGUCGAAGCUGACCCAUCCGCAGACGUCCGUGUGGCUGUCGUUAGCCACAUGGUUCCGUCUUCACGUACACUGGGGGCACUGGUUGAACGGUCUAGGGACACGAGAGAAGCGGUCCGGAAGCGUGCAUACGAGCGCAUCGCAGAGAAGGUGCCGGUGAGGUAUCUAAAGAUAAAACAGAGGACAGAGCUCCUAGACAGUGGUCUCAAUGAUCCGUCAAAUGGAGUCAGGCAGGUUGUCGUAGCAAACUUAAUCCCUGCUUGGCUCAAGCAUUGUCAGGACAGCGUUGCGGACCUCAUAAAGCUUCUCGAUGUCCAUGGAUCAGAGAAAGUCGUGGAGGCAUUACUGAAGGCAUUACUCAAGACACAUGGCAUUGAAAUGUUCAUCAAAGACAUCAAACAGCGCUUGCUUGACCAGGACAAACUCAUUCCAGAGGACAAACUUAGCUGUGAAGGCACACUUUACUGGCGGAUUCUUGUGCAGACUCUUCGAGCUCAGGGAUCGGCCGAAUCAGAGUCACGCUUGGAUGAAAUCUUCCCUGACCUGACAGUGUACUGUGGGUUUGUUUCAAAGUAUGUGCUGUCCUUUAGUACGGAGUGGGACGCACUCCGUCAGCUUGACCAUCAGUUUGUUUCACAGCAGCUCAUACUGCUGUUGAAGUCCGCUGACCUUGCUGACACUGCUGGGAGGGAAUGCCUCCUUGAGACUGUUCGGAGAUUGCUGCUCUCAACGAAGGUAGGUUCACUGCAGAUACCUCACUUGAUGAAGCUGAUCAGAUACAUUCACCCAGAUCCAUAUGAUACACUGCAAGAAGUUGAAGCGUUGCUACCUGAAAUCCAGGCACCUCUAGCAGCCACCCAAACCUUCCAAACGCAAGAAGCAACGCAGAAGGAGCCUGCAUUAGACAUGUUGAUUGCCAAGAUUAAAGUGCAACUGAACAUACUGAGAGAGGACCUCUCAACUUUUAUUGAAGAGGAAAACUUUGAUGCGGCUAAAGAGACUAAAAAGAAGAUUACUGAACUGGAGGGUGAACUCUCCAGCCACCAGUCUAAAUUGGCAGAGCUGUCGGCUGAGCCAAAGGAAAUUGAGUGUGAAAAAAGUGAAGCCAUCAUUCUAAAGUGCCUGAUACUGAUUGCUGAAAUGAUGGCAGUCACACCCCUCACAUCACUGACUCCUUUCCUUCAAACAUGCCUUGAGGACAUUAUUCUCCCCGGGAUUGUCAGGAUGGACAUGGCCAUCCGCAAGCAGGCAGUAAGAGCACUAUCCUACUGUUGCGUGCUGAACAAAGAUGUUGCAAUGCGAAACCUCAAGCUUCUCUUUGAGGUUGCUCUUGUGGACCAACCACAAAUCCAAAGUGUUGCCUUAGCUGGGGCUCUCGAUGUUCUUCUAACCUAUGGACUGGAGACAUUCGACAGCAUGCUCAGAAGUGUGUUUGAAGGGGAGGAUGACGAUGAGAGUCCAAUACCAUGUAAAAUAUCAUCAGGCCUACUGGUGGACUUCUUGACCAAGUGUACGGACAUGGAAGAUGAAAAUAUCAGGGCUGUGGCAGCGGAAGGUAUGGCGAAACUACAGCUCUGUGGUCAUAUAUGUUCUCCGACACUCAUGUCUGCAUUGAUCUUGCACUGGAUUAAUCCAGAUGCCGACAAGAACAGUCGGUUUCACCAAGUAUUGAGUGCCUUUAUGAGAACAUACUCACUAGGUGGGCCAAAAAAUACCCAGUGCUUCGAAGAAGCAUUUAUGCCCACAUUAGAUGCCAUAUUGACAGCGCGCUCGCAAGACCCUCUGACUCAUCUUGAUCCUGCUGAUGUCCUGAACUUCCUUGUUGAGGUAACUCUGCUGAGGUCACCAGAAAAUCCAUUUGAGUAUGCCUCUGAUGAUGAAAUAACCGAACAGACACCACAUGAUCGUCUUGCCGAGCUACUUUGCCGAGAAGUGCUGAAGGACCCAGACUCGCCUGAUUCCUUGGUCUUUGUUAAAGCGCUAACCCUCCUGAGGCUUACCCAUAGGUGUGCCAUCUCGGACCUAGUGUCAGCGGUGCAUAAGAUGGAAAAGAGAGUGACAGCAAAGCGCACUAUUGCACUGGUGAAGAGGUUCAAGGAGAAGCUGUUGGCACUUUCACCUGCUGUGACAUUGAGUGAAACAGAUGAGAUGUCAUCCAUGAGUGUACUCAUCGAGAGCACAACCUCAAACGAAAGCACCAUGCUCUCAGCUACAAAGAAAAAACGUGCCCUUACUAGAAGGACAAUCCAUCAAGGUAGUGUCCUGUCAAGCCCUCCAAAGACAGAGUCUCCAGUGCAGCAAAUUUCUCAGGAACUCUUUUCAUCAAGCAUCAGCUCAUAAAAGAGCAUUCUCAUUCUUGAUGUAUUGACAUUUCGUUUAUGUAUGUCUCAUAUUAAAAGCACUGUUGUGUGCAUGUGUGCUGAA